GUACACAUUGUGUUAAUCCUUGGCGGUGGUUGGUGGCCACCAUCGCUCCAAUACUGAUAAUGAGAUGGGGGCUGAAGAAACGCAGUCUGGACAAGACAGGGGCAGUUGCAGGACUUGUAGUUGGUUUCGUCCUGACCAUCAGCAGUCUCUGCUUCUUCUCCAGCUUGCUAACUUUUUUUGUACUCGCAUCAAAAGCGACAAAGUACAAAUCAUCAACCAAAAAAAAGUUUGAAGAAGAUUUCAAGGAAGGGGGUCAGCGUAACUGGAUACAAGUAUUAUGUAACGGAGGGAUCGCGGCCCAGUUUGCAGUACUGUACAUGUUAGACAGUGGGUGUACGGAGAGGAUUGUCGACUUUAAGGCCUGGUACAACUCCUCACUUUUCUCCAUGGCAGUCCUGGGCGCCCUCGCCUGUAGCUGUGGCGACACUUUUGCCUCGGAGAUUGGCACUGUUUUUAGUAUCAACACAGCUCCUAGGCUGAUUACUUCACUGCGAAUAGUCCCAAAAGGUACAAAUGGAGGAAUUACGUUUAUUGGGACACUGAGCAGUGGAAUUGGAGGAACGUUUGUGGGCGUGGCAUAUUACCUGACCCUGUUAAUGUGUACCAGUGACUUUCAGCUUCAAAAAAGCCCAGCCCAAUGGUUGAUCAUCCCAACGGCUACACUGGCAGGUCUGCUCGGCUCCACCAUCGACUCAUACUUAGGAGCUUUAUUCCAGUAUUCAG